CCGCUCGUGUCUUUCUCUGUCCAUUCGAAAUCAGAUCUCUCACGACGUUCCACAAUCGCCGAACAAGGUUAACGCCAUCUUAAAGGGUCUCUAUCCGAUUAGAUCCAAAAUCAAGAUCGAGGCUACUAUAAAUUUCAAAUCUCAGAGAUCUAGGGUUAAAAUUAUACCAGAACCCUAAAUUUGAAAUUUUUUUCCCUUUUGUUGAUAAGAUCUAUUAUUUUCUGCAAAAUCAGAUCGGUGGAUAUAAAUCUUUUGUAUUUGUAUCUAUAAAUCAGUGGUAGAUUGUGUUGACAUAUGCUUAUAGCUGAUUUGAGUCGAUUUGUAUUAGAAUUUAACAACAAUCGAGAACAACGAACCCUUGAAGUAAGUAUGGUCAAAAAAGAGGAAGAAUGUAAAUCAGUUCACGAUGUAGAGGAAGGAGAAAUCUCCGAUUCGGCUUCAGUUGAAGAAAUCAGUGCAGCGGACUUUAUCAAGCCAGAGUCAAAGGUUUCGAUUUCGAAUACUUCGACUAACUCGGAUUCGAAGCCUAGGGUUUGGACGAUGCGGGAUAUGUACAAGUAUCCGAUGUCAAGAAAUUGCGCUUCGGAUUUGUAUAAUUUUGCUUGGGCUCAAGCUGUUCAGAAUAAACCUCUCGCUGAGAUUUUGAGGAUGGAGUUGAAAGCAACUGAAAAUUCCGACUUGAAAAUGUCUUCGUCUUCAAAUUCGUUGAGUAGUAGAGAGGAUAAUAAGAGUGGUAGUGUGAAUUCCUCGGCACAGGAUUUGGAUAGUAAAGUAAUAAUUGAUGUUGAUGAUGAUGUGAAGAUGGAGGAAGGCGAGAAGGAGGAGGGCGAAUUGGAGGAGGGUGAGAUUGAUUUGGAUUUUGAUGUUGUUGAACAAGAGGACUCGAACAAGAAUUGGUUGGACGCUAGUGAAUCAGACUUUAAUGUUAAAGAGGAUGAGUUGGAGAAGCGGGUUGAUUCAAUUCGUGAAGUGCUUCGGAGUGUAAAUGUGGAUGAUGCGAUGAAAUCAUAUUCCGGAGUCUGUUCUAGGCUGCAAAACUCGUUGGAAAACUUGCAGGAAGUAGUCUCCAAUAAUUGGUUUCUUACAAAAGAUGCUCUUGUUCAACUAUCAUUUACUGCCAUUCAAACUGUUAAUUCUGUGUUGUGCUCCAUGGGCCCAAAUCAAAUGGAACACAAUAGAGACACUAUGUCAAGGUUGCUUGCUUAUGUAACAAGCCUAAAGCCUCCUCUUUUUCCUUCAGAACAGAUGAAAAAGAUAGACGUCAUGAAGUUGUUCCUGGAGUCUUCUGCUAUUUCUUCGAGUGCUAAAGACUGCCAUAAAGAGAAUGAGUCAGAGGUCACUGAGAGGGUGAAUCAGAAUGAUUCUGAUUCUUUGGCUGAGAAUACUAAUCAAGAUUUGACGUCUUCAAAGAAGUGUGCAUUAGACUCGAUGUCAACAGCAUCUUUGGAUCAGAAAGACCACCACACUUCAUUAGAUUCUUUGAAAUCAGGAGCACCUGGUUAUAAGGGUAGAGGAGUGUUGCUUCCUCUGCUGGACCUUCAUAAGGACCAUGAUGCAGACAGUCUUCCAUCUCCCACAAGGGAAACUGUACCACUCUUGCCCACAAACAAAGCAAUUGUUUUUGGAGAUGGGGUGGUGAAACCAGAGUUGCACAUACCUCGGGGAGCUUUUGAGACAGACAAUACUUCAAUGCAUCGUUAUGAAACUGAUGCCCUCAAAGCUGUCUCCUCCUAUCAGGAAAAAUUUGGUCGAAGUUCAUUUCUUAUGAAUGAUAGACUUCCUAGUCCAACCCCUUCAGAAGAAGCUGAUGAUGUGCAUGGUGAUAUUGGUGGUGAAGUUUCCAGUUCUUCAAUUGUUCGGAAGGUCAACUCUCUGAGUGCACCAGCUUCUACCUCGAUAAUUGUAUCUUCUGUGCCCCAUAUGGACAUCACCAGUGGACAAGUAUUGGCCAAUGCUAGUAAUGCUGGUCCUUUGAGCUCUGGGCCUAAUUCUAUUUUGCGAGCUUCAGCAAAAACUAGAGACCCUAGGCUCCGAUUUGCCAACUCUGAUGCAGGUGCUUUGAAUUCAAACCACCACCGGUCGCCCACAGUGAAUAAUGAACCAAAAGUGGUGCCCCUUGUGGGCAUAAUAAAUUUGAGGAAGCAAAAGACUUUUGAGGAGCCUGUUCUUGAUGGUCCAGCAUCAAAAAGGCAAAGGAAUGGGUUGACAGAUGUUGGGGUGGGUAGGGAUGUGGAAACUAUGUCAAGAAGUGGGGGUUGGUUAGAAGAUAGAGGCACCAUUGGAUUGCCUGUUAUAAAUAGAAACCAUGUGGUGGGAAAUGUGGGACUAGAACCAAGGAAAUUAGAAAAUUCAGUAACUUGUUCUGGUACUAGUGGUGUGCCUGCUGGAAAUGUGCAAUUACCAGUUACAGGCACCUGCACCACUGAUCCGUUGCAUUCUCUGCUUAAAGAUAUUGCUGUGAAUCCUGCAAUUUGGAUGAAUUUAAUUAAACUGGAACAACAGAAGUCUGUUGAUCCUGCAAAAAGUAUAACCCCUCCUCCAAGCUCGAAUUCCAUACUGGGAGCAGCUCCAACAAUGAAUAUUGCUCCUCCUAAGCCUGCACCACCUGAACCGAGAUCGGUUGGAAUACUUCAGACUCCUAAAACAGCUUUGGUGGAUGAGUUGGGAAAAGUCCGCAUGAAACCUCGUGAUCCUCGCCGGAUCCUCCACAGUAACACAAUCCAAAAGGGUGGGUGCACAGGAUCUGAUCAAUCCAAGAUAAUGACAUCAAAUGGUCAGGGCCAAAGUCAAGAGGACCAGUCAGAUAAAAAGUCUGUGUCUUCACAAUCCAUUACACCACCAGAUAUUACUCGGCAAUUCACAAAGAAUUUGAAAAAUAUUGCUGAUAUUAUGUGUGUUUCCCAAGCAUCCAUGACUCCCGUGGCAGUUCCUAAGAUUUCUUCAUCACCACCAGUACAAGUUCAUUCGAGUAGGGUGGAUGUAAAAGUUGUAGUUUCAGAAUCUAGCAACCUGCAGAGUGGCAGUGGCUCGGCAUCUGAAGAACCUGUUGGGGGGCCCUCUCAAUCACAGAACAGUUGGGGAGAUGUUGAGCAUCUAUUUGAGGGAUUUGAUGACCAACAAAAAGCAGCUAUCCAAAGAGAGAGGGCAAGGAGGAUUGAAGAACAGAAGAAAAUGUUUGCUGCCCGCAAGCUCUGCCUUGUCUUGGAUUUAGAUCACACUCUCUUAAAUUCAGCGAAGUUUGCUGAAGUAGAGCCUAUGCAUGAUGAGAUUUUGAGAAAGAAAGAGGAACAGGACCGCGAAAAGCCACAGAGGCAUCUCUUCCGGUUUCCUCACAUGGGGAUGUGGACCAAAUUGCGGCCUGGGAUCUGGACUUUUUUGGAGAAGGCUAGUCAGCUUUAUGAGCUGCACCUUUACACAAUGGGGAACAAGCUCUAUGCUACGGAGAUGGCAAAAGUGCUUGAUCCAAGAGGGAAUUUGUUUGCUGGACGAGUUAUCUCUAAGGGUGAUGAAGGGGAUCUUUUUGACGGUGAUGAGAGGGUUCCUAAGAGCAAGGAUUUGGAGGGGGUUUUGGGUAUGGAAUCGGCUGUUGUAAUUAUAGAUGAUUCUGUAAGGGUCUGGCCACAUAACAAACUAAACUUGAUUGUUGUAGAAAGGUAUAUUUAUUUCCCUUGUAGUAGACGCCAAUUUGGGCUUCCAGGUCCUUCUCUGCUUGAGAUUGAUCAUGAUGAAAGACAAGAAGAUGGGACUUUGGCAUCUUCCUUGGCGGUGAUUGAGAGAAUACAUCAAAAUUUUUUCUCAGAACUGUCGUUAGAUGAUGCUGAUGUUAGGAAUAUCUUAGCAUCAGAACAGCAUAAGAUUCUGUCGGGGUGCCAUGUAGUUUUCAGCAGGGUGUUUCCAGUUGGUGAAGCCAAUCCUCACUUGCAUCCUCUGUGGCAGACAGCUGAACAGUUUGGUGCAGUGUGCACUACUCAGAUAGAUGAACAGGUUACCCAUGUUGUUGCCAACUCUCUUGGGACUGAUAAGGUGAAUUGGGCUCUUUCCACGGGACGAUUUGUUGUGCAUCCUGGCUGGGUGGAGGCAUCAGCUUUGCUUUACCGGAGAGCAAAUGAGCAGGAUUUUGCCAUUAAACCAUAAACAAUCACCCUUCCUUGCCAUCCGCUAAAAAAAACACCCGAAGUAUAAAAUCAAGCACCAAAUGGAUGGGGUGGGGAAGGGACCACCAAGCUAAACCUUUGAUAGAAUUGUUAAAUGGCGAUUCUCGUUAGAAUUGGUAGGUAACCCAUCCGGAGGACUUCCCUGACCUGGCCUGGUCUUAAAUUCUAGCAAUUUUCGCUGCCCUGAUAGUAGAGGUUAGUUUGUGGUAAAUGAGUUCGGGUGGGAGGCCGAUCGGCCUGGCAGCUAUUGGAGCAGCUGCUUCAUAGGAGUAUCCUCUUUGGCGGCGUUGACUGAUUUUAUUUGACCAAAGCUAAAUGUGAAAGCAGUUUCAGAGUUUUUGGGAGGCUACAUGGACGAAUAAGUAAAUCCAUCUCUCAAAAUUUCAGUUUUCAAGUGGAAGUUCGGCUAAGAACAGUUAAUGAUGAGACUAAACACCCAAACCAAUUACUUAAAGAGAGACUGGGAAGACAAUUAUUAAAUGGCUUAAAAUGUCAUUCUUUGCUUAAUUUCACUAUGGAUCAAAGAAUAAUCUGUUACUACUGAUGGUUGAUCAGCUAAGCUAAGUUUUGAUUUUAAUAAGGAUCUUCAUCGAUGUGCCUGAAGAAAAGUAAUAGGGGCCAUUUGUUUUUCUAUUUCAUUUUAUUUUGGACGUGGGAAUAAUGAAACUAUUUUUCCACAUUAUUCGUCAAUAUUCGCAGAAUUGUAGUGAAAGUGUAUACAAUUACAAGGUAAAAUCACGCAGGUCGUACUCUAAUGUUGGGUGAUGGGGAAAGGUAUAUGGUAGUUGUGUCCUGGCAAUAAAAUUGCGUGCGAGUUUUAUGGCCUGCGAUUGAGACAUAAGGAGGAGGUCUCACUUUCUCUCUCUCUCUCGGCAGUCGGCUUGCCACGUACGACCAGCUGAUGUAUUUAAACCUCCAAUUGCAGAAGAAACUAGAAACAAUUUUAUAAAUGGGGCGGCCAAAUCAAGCUGAGUAUUUUUCUCCGACUUGUGAAUAGAAGUAUAAUACUGUAUAAUUUUCAGGGAGGCAAAAUUAGGACCGUAGAUGGGUUUGAUAGUAUACUAAUACAUCAGAUUUUAUUAAAACGCUACAGUUAAGCAUGGAUGAGAGUAGUAUUAAGAUGGUGACCUUUUGGGAAGUUUUUUGUGUUACUUUCCUAAAAAUUAGGCAUGUAAAUGGAAU